AUGACGCUCCGAAGUGGGAUUCUGUGCCGAGACACCCCAACACCAACACCUCUACAACAUUACAUAUUCUCAAAAUCUUUAGAAUCAGAAGUGGUGGUGGAGGUGGUGGCGGCGCACAACCUGAUGCCGAAGGACGGGGAGGGUUCGUCGUCGCCGUUUGUGGAGGUUGAGUUUGAGAACCAGAGGCAAAGGACUCAAGUUAAGUACCGGGACCUGAACCCCGUGUGGAACGAGAAGCUGGUGUUCCACGUGAACGACGUCGCGGACCUGCCUUACCGCACCAUAGAAGUGAACGUUUUCAACGAGUCGAGCAUAGCGAGAGGAGGCGAGGAAGUGCCGCAGCUUUACACGCUGGACAAAAGGAGCCUCUUUUCGCAUGUGAGAGGUGAGUUGAGUUUGAAGCUUUAUUUAUCUACAAAGGAAGAGGUAAAACAGGUUAUUAAUGGCGGUGGUGAAGGCGGAGGAGUGGUGAAUUCCGGUGGUGGUGUUGUUUCCAAGAAAAACAAGAAAAUGCAGCAGCAAGGUGGGAACUUGGUGGUGCCCAAGCAAAUGGGGUUGGGGAUGGUGCAAGAGAAUAAUAAAAUGGGAAUGGGUUUGCAGAACCAGGCUCAUUUAAAGCCUGUGGAGCCUGGCCCUGGAGAUAUUAAGCCUGUUGUUAUUACUACUGUUCCAGGGCCGGUUAUUCCGGCCGGAGGCGCCGGCGCCGGCACUGUGGGUCUCCAUGGUGGUGGUCAUGUUCGUGGUGGGGUUUCAAAUGACUAUGCUUUGAAGGAAACAAGUCCACACCUUGGUGGUCUAAACAAGGAUAAAACAAGCUCCACUUAUGAUCUUGUGGAGCAAAUGCAGUAUUUGUAUGUGAGAGUUGUGAAAGCCAGAGAGAUUUCAGUGUUUGGUGGUGGUGAGUUGGUUGCAGAGGUGAAGCUUGGGAACUACAAAGGGAUCACAAAGAGGGUUUCUUUGGGGAAUAUGGCUGAGUGGGAUCAAGUUUUUGCCUUCUCCAAAGAUUGCAUACAGUCAUCUGUGGUGGAAAUUUUUGUCAAGGAGGGCAAUAAAGAUGAAUUCUUGGGGCGUGUUUGGUUUGAUUUGAAUGAGGUGCCUAAAAGGGUUCCGCCGGAUAGUCAGUUGGCUCCCCAAUGGCAUAGAAUGGAGGACAAGAAAGGUGAAAGGGCUAAAUGUGGGGAGGUGAUGGUUGCCAUAUGGUUUGGGACUCAGGCUGAUGAGGCCUUUGCUGAGGCUUGGCAUUCGAAGGCAGCGAAUGUGCAUUUGGAUGGUUUGUGUUCUAUUAAGUCGAAGGUUUAUUUGUCUCCCAAGCUUUGGUAUUUGAGGGUUGGUGUCCUUGAAGCACAAGAUAUAGUAUUGGGAGACAAAGGGGCUUCUAUGAACAUGAUGAGGUAUCCGGAGCUUUUUGCGAAAGUUCAAGUGGGCAACCAGGUUUUAAGGACUCGAAUUGCUUCGCCUACUGGAAGUAGGAGUCUCUCGAAUCCUUGUUGGAAUGAGGACUUGAUGUUUGUGGUUGCCGAGCCUUUUGAGGACUAUUUGAUGAUCUCUGUCGAGGAUCGUUUGGCUCCAAACAGAGAGGAGGUUGUUGGGAGGGUGAUUCUACCAAUUGUGAACAUUGAAAGGCGAUUUGAUGACAAGUUGGUGGUUUCUAGGUGGUUCAAUCUUGAAACUCACUUCAGCAGCCAGAAUGACCCGAAAGCUGUUGUUAGAUUUGCCUCUCGAAUUCACCUUCGUGCCUCACUCGAGGGAGGUUACCAUGUGCUUGAUGAGGCCACAAUGUAUAGCAGUGAUGUCCGACCCACUGCAAAGCAGCUCUGGAAGCCCCACAUUGGUGUUCUUGAAGUUGGCAUUUUGGGGGCCACCAAUCUUAUGCCUAUGAAGAUCAAAGAAGGCAAAGGUGGCUCCACAGACGCCUAUUGUGUUGCUAAGUAUGGGCAGAAGUGGGUUCGAACUCGGACUGUGGUUGACAGCUUGGCUCCAAAAUGGAAUGAGCAGUAUACUUGGGAAGUAUUUGAUCCUUGCACGGUCAUCUCCAUUGGGCUGUUUGACAACUCCCGGGUUGACAAGAAUAUGGUGGCUGGAAAUGGUAACCGGGAUACUCGGAUCGGGAAGGUUAGAAUCCGCCUAUCAACCCUUGAAACUGAUAGAGUAUACACUCAUGCUUAUCCAUUGCUAAUGUUGCAUCCUUCUGGUGUUAAGAAAAUGGGAGAACUUCAUUUGGCGGUUCGGUUUUCAUGUGCUAAUAUGUUUAACGUGCUUCAUAUGUACACCAUGCCCCUGCUGCCAAAGAUGCAUUAUGUGCAGCCACUGUCUGUGAGUCAACUGGACAGUUUAAGGUACCAGGCCAUGAACGUCGUUGCCUCGAGGCUCAGUCGAGCCGAGCCCCCAUUGGGAAGAGAAGUAGUCGAGUACAUGCUGGAUCAUGACUCACAUAUGUGGAGCAUGAGAAAGAGCAAAGCAAAUUUCCUUAGACUCACAAAUGUGUUGUCCUGGUUUGUUGCUAUGAGCAGGUUGCUGGAGGCUAUAAGAACCUGGCACAGACCUGUAUACUCAACGUUUUUCCUGACCACCUUCAUGGUACUUGUCUUAGUCCCCGAGCUCAUAAUUCCUUGCAUAUUGCUCACGUUGGCUGCAACGGGGCUCUGGCGAUAUAGAUCCCGGCCGCGCCACCCGCCCCAUAUGGACACUCGACUCUCCUAUGCAGAGAACGUGCAUCCCGACGAAUUGGAUGAGGAGUUUGACUCGUUCCCCACAAGUCGAAGUGCGGAGAUUAUCCACAUGAGAUAUGAUCGGCUCCGGAGCGUGGCUGGAAGGAUCCAAACAGUGGUCGGUGACAUGGCUACUCAAGGCGAGAGAUUCCAAGCGUUGUUGAGUUGGCGCGACCCUAGAGCGACGUUCCUGUUCGUGAUACUCUGCUUGUUGGCUGCUUUUGGGUUCUACCUAGUGCCGAUCAGAUGGGUGGUGGCGCUUUGGGGUCUGUAUUAUCUGAGGCCUCCCAAGUUCAGGAACAGGCUGCCUUCAAGUGCUGUUAGCUUCUUCAAGAGGCUGCCCACAAAUGCUGAUAGCAUGUUGUGAAAUGCAGUGUUGUCUGUAUUUCACAUGUUAGUGAUUAGAAGUUGCACAGUAGGAAAGCAGCAGUUUACUUUACUUAGAGUUGGGAAAAGGAAAUGUUGGUAGUGGCAGUCUUUUGUUGUAUUUUGUCUAAGGUUGUGUGUUGUAGGAAGAUCUUUUUGUUUUAAGCUGUGUAAUGUGUAAUGGUUGGUUGAUAGCUCUGCUGUGCAUUUACUGUUUGGAGUAAUGAAUUAAUUGGAUGUGAUCAGUUGUACUUGGUCGCCUAUUCAAUUCAA